UUCAUCCGUCACACGCUGAAAAAUCGACCACAUGCUGGUCGGAUUCGCGUGGUGGCGGUCACGUUGUCCAUUAUCGAUUGUCCCAAGGGCGUAGUCGUUAUCCCGAAUUUGCACAACAAUAACCCGAGAUGGACGGCAACAAGCUGGAAUUGACGGGGAAGCCGACUCCGGACGUGCCCACGAGUUACAAGGCGAUCCCCGAGGCUGACAUGGAAGAGGAGGCAGUCACUCGACCCAAAAGCUUGGUGAAAUCGAAGCCUGCCACUCCAGAGGUGGACGGCGCCGACGAGAAGAUGCUACCAAAGGAGGAAGAAGUUAAAGUUUCGCCGAACGAGAAGCAGAACGGCGACGCUAAACUUGACAUUGGCGAACUCAAAACCGCCUUCGUGGGUCUCACAAAAGAAGAGUUGAUGAAAUACGCGAAUGACCCCUUCUGGGUGCGUCUGCGCUGGUUUCUCUUCAUCACGUUUUGGAUUCUGUGGGGGUUGAUGCUCCUCGGCGCCAUUUUGAUUAUCCUAGCUGCCCCGAAGUGCAACCCUCCACCCCCUAGGACCUGGUGGGAGAAAGGCCCCAUCGCCGAGGUCGACCAAGACUCAGACAAUUCCGAUUCCAUUGUACAAAAAUUGAAGGAUCUCUCUGUCACUGGGGUCAUAGUUUCAUGGCCUGAUGAUGCCUACAUUGAUUUCGACGAAACGCACGAUUUCAUCAAAUCUCUCAAAAAGUACAAAGAUGAAGAUAUUAACGUCAUCAUGGAAGUGGAAGCGGGCUACUCUCAUGUUUGGUUUAAUAAGUCUGAGUAUAAGGACCCCGAAUUCAGCAACUACUAUAUUUGGCAGCCGCCGAAAGACAUGAGUAACGGAGAAGGUCCGCACCCCCCUAAUAACUGGGUUUCAAUGAAUAAUAACUCGUCGUGGAAAUUCUCGGACAAGAGGAAUGAGUAUUACUACGCGCCGACGGGGCAGCCCCAUCUCAAUUUCCGUAAUCCGAACGUGACUGACCGCUUUUCUGACAUAAUUAACAAGUUCCUACGGUAUGGAGUCGGAGGGAUUAGGUUGAGGGGGGCCUCGAAUUUAUUGGUGGAUGAGAAAUUCACGGAUGAAGUGAAUGUUCAGAACCCUGGUGACUGCGUCCUCAAUGAUUAUUGUUUCUAUAUUCAUUCUCACACAGAGAAUCUCAAUGAUCUAGGACCUUUGUUGAAGAAGUGGCGCGACGUGGUGAAAAAUAAAACGGACAACGGGCCGUUUAUGAUAAGCGAGGAUUUGAAUGCUAACAUUGAGGCUUAUAAAUUGAAUAGUUCCUACAUUGUGGAUCUUCCACUUCAGUCACAUUUUGUCUUCAAGCCAAAUAUUAACGUUGCCAAUAUGCUGCACAUUGUGAACACCACAUUCACUGCUAAUAAUUUCACGUGGCCGUUGUGGAAAGCCAACUCGAGUAGUGAAUGGGACAUCGUCACGUAUUUACUGCCGGGUACGCCCCUAAUAGCCCCAAGUUCUUUGGCGAACAAAGAUCUGUUGAAAAUACGAGAUUCGCCGUCGAUUAUGAGGGGCUCUUUCAAUAUGUAUUCCAUCAACGAGGAUACAGUUUUUGCGUUCAGCAGGGUGAUGGCGGGCAACCCCGGCAUUCUGGUGGCCUUCAACCCUUCAGAAAAUCGCACUGUGGUGAACUUCCCGGCGUAUGUCCAAGAAAUACCACACGACGGCGAAGUCACGGUGUUACUCUUCACCAAGAGUUACAACGAAACUGAUAUAAGCGUCAACGUGAAGUAUGACGCCAAAUCAAUCCCCAUUUCUUCGAAGUCUGCGAUCGUGUUAUCGUACGUCCCGAAAACUGAAUAAAUCAACCAUGACAGCCAAGACAUUCCAUAGCUUUUGUUUAAUAAUGUAUUUACGAGAAGUUCAAUAAAUUUUGAGCGCUUGAAA